UCGCUGGCGUCGUUCAUGGCCCAGCCAGCAGCGCUCUUGCCUGAAAGGUGGGUGUAUCGACUACAGAGCAGGAACAAUGAGGCCAAGAACCGAGAGUUCCCACGACAUUUUCCCUGAACAGCAUCAUCAGCUUGGAUAACGUUUUCGGUUUUUCGGUUUCCCAGCCCCAUACAUUAGUCCCAUUCCAGUUUGGGGCCAAACAGCUUUUCUUGGAUCUCUUGUGUCGUUGUUCAUCCUACCAUCACUUCUUAGUACCUAUAUCCUGUCUAAACCCAAAAUGCUGCUCCGACUCAUCGUCCAAUUUCUUCUGCCACUCGCCCUCGGCGCAGAACCCGUGGCAUCAACACCAAUUGCGCCUUUCAAGUUCCCGACCACUACAGUAUCAACUCUGCCUGCCACGCCACAAGCAACACAAGCAACGAGACCAAGCUGCGGCCGGAACCGGCCCCCGAUGCUGUACCACACGAGCGAGUACUACAAGGCCUACAAGAAGACUCCAUACGGAUGGCUCGGCUGUAACCACAACGCCAGCACUUCGGAGGCGUUUCACGCGUUCGCGCUCAAGUACAAGGACGAGCCGGACAGGUUGAGGGCAUAUCUUCGCCUUGCGGAGCGGCUGUUGGAUUACUCCCGGUCUGUUGGCGUGGGGUUUCAGGAGUUGAUCAUGGCGUUGACUCGGACACCGAAUGGCCUGGGAGAGCUCAAGGGGGUUGGGUCGCGGGUCGAUCCGCUUGGGGCGGCGGUUGUGCUGUUCUUUCAGCCGCCUUCUGUCCGGUGCUGGCUGGAUCAGGAGAUUUUAAGGGAGAUUGGGAGUGAUGUUGCUUCGAAUUGGGAAUCGAGUUGCCGGUUGGUUAGCGAUCAGGAGCUUCUAACGAGACUUGGUGCGGAGAGCAUGAUUGUGCGGGUUGUGGGGCAGUUUAAGGACGCGCUGAAGCGAACGCUUAGGGCUAUUGAGGUCAGGGAUGAGGUGUUUCUUUCUGGAUAACGAGCCAGUGGUAAAGAGAAAGCAUUCAUGGACCA